AUGAAUACAAAGUACUUGAAGAUAGAAUCCAGUGAAGAUAUUUGUAAGGGAGAAAUGGUGGCACAUGUAUACAGGAGGAUAUCUAAAUGCAUCAUGCAAUCUAUAAACGAAUCAUUUCCGCACGAGAUGAUGUCGGAACUGAGCGAUGAUGCAGAAAAGCACUUUUUUGAAGAGAUUGAAAGGCCACAUUCUCUGAGACAAAGCCUUGACAUCGAAAACACACUUGUAAUAUGCAUCAAUGGAGUGGAAAAGGCAGUGAGAAUCAAUCACGGAGUUUUCAAAAGCAACCAUCAGUUUAUUUUGGAUUUUCACGAUUUUUUGAAGGAAUUGGAGGCCUUUGCAGAAAUGUUAAAAGUUGAGAUUGGUCGUGUAAGCACAGUUGUGUUUGUUGAGUUUCUCAUUGACAGCUUCUGCAUGUUUGGAAGUCUUGAGAACGCGAUCAAUCUCUUCAGGCCCAUGAAGAGCACAGCAAUACAAAGAUCAGGACUGGAGAGUGAAAGAAUGCUAAGGAUGGUAUUUCUGCUCCAACAAAUAUCUGGUGGUAUGAGAUUGUUUCUAUCAUUCCAUGUGUUUGCUGUAUCGAUAUACCACGGAAACAAGUACAUCGAGAUGCUCAUAGGCAAUGAGCUUGAGAGAAUGAUAUCUGAAGUGCAUGCGUGCAAAGAAAAAUUAAUAGGAAGCAAAACACCAGAGUUUAAUAGAUACACAAGAAUCAAGACAAUGAUCAAUGCACUGUAUUUGCUAUUCGAUAUAUUUGACCUUGACAAUGUAUCGCUCAAAAACAUUUUCUGUACAUUGACUGUUUUUCUGUCAGCAAAGAAGUGUGCAGACGUAGUGAAGUUUUUGGGUCCAAACGAUCUAUUUGUAUGCACGGUCAGGUCGGUGUGUGGAGAUCUUAUUCCAAUGAAUACAUUGAUGAUGACAUGCAAAGUAAAGUUGAACAUGAAGUAUAAAGCAAAUGCACUGGGCGUGUCUAUGGAUUACAUAUAUAGCUGGCUGUAUUUGCCUUAUUUUUCAAUGCUAAUGCCCAGGUACAUAAUGCUCUCCAAGAUUCCCAAAAAGAGUCUACAGGUGCUCGGAAGACCAAUAGAAAUGGCAUCCAGUAAAAUCACCAUGGAGUUCAUAAAAGAUAAAAAGAACUCUGAGCAUACGCAAAGUCCAAUGUAUUCUCCACUCAGCAAAAGACUUAGCAGUGGAAUAAACCAUAGAAUAGAAAAGCUCAAGAGUAAGCGAAAGCUCGAAUUCAAUUAG